AUGGCAAUAAUAGAUAAUAAUGUUACAUGGAAAUUUGAAUGGAAUUUUGUGAGCAUAACAGCCAUAGUUUUAGUAAUAUUCAUGGUUAUGUCCAUGGUGGUAUCAACCUUUUGGUUUUGUUGGUUGUAUUACCGCGACCACAACAAUGAGGGCGAUGAUGCUCGUGACGGUGACAAUGAGGGUCCCGAUGCUUAUCACGGGGACAAUGACGAUGAUAAUCGUCGUCAUCAUCAUCAACAUGAACUUAUUUCGAUAGUAGUUAUUGAUAAUGAGAAUCAAAAUGUGAUCAAAGAGGAACGUAAAGAAGAUAAAUGCGUAAUUUGUCUCGAAAGUUUAUUCAAAAUCGAUGAUGAUUCAACAAUAGGUCAAGUGGUUGUUGAGUCGAAACAAUGCAAUCAUGUAUUUCACCAAACUUGUAUUACUAAUUGGACUCGAGUCCACAAAACAUGUCCCAUUUGUCGUCUCCCAUUGCAUUAUUUGCACACCGUGUCCUCUGAAGUUACUGCAAAACCUAUCGAUCGUGAUGCGGUAGAGAAUAUAGUUUAA